UCCAAAGCUUUCGAUUCUCUCUCUCGCUCUCUGCACCGAUCAUGCUUCAAAGCUUGGUCCCGCGAUCCCCACGCACUUCCAACCCUAACGACAUGAAAACUAAGCGACCCGUUGACACCGCUGAUUCUCCCGCCGAUCAACCUUCUUUCAAGCGGACCAACUUCUCCGCCGAUACUGCCACCGAGGACGACCAGGCCUUCGAUCCCCAACCCCACGCCGCCGAGUCCACCGGCCUCAAGCUUCUUGGCCUUCUCCUCCAAUGUGCCGAGUGCGUCGCCAUGGAUAAACUCGACUUCGCCAACGACCUCCUCCCGGAGAUCGCGGAACUGUCUUCUCCGUUCGGUACCUCGCCGGAGCGCGUCGGGGCUUACUUUGCGCAGGCGCUGCAGGCGCGUGUGGUGAGCUCCUGCCUCGGCUCGUACUCUCCGCUGACCGCGAAAUCUGUAACCCUAACUCAGUCGCAGCGAAUCUUCAACGCCUUCCAAUCCUACAACUCGGUCUCGCCGCUGGUGAAGUUCUCUCACUUCACUGCGAACCAGGCUAUCUUCCAGGCCCUGGAAGGGGAGGAUCGCGUCCAUAUCAUCGACCUCGAUAUCAUGCAAGGUCUCCAAUGGCCGGGAUUGUUCCACAUCCUUGCCUCUCGCUCGAAGAAGAUCCGCUCCAUGAGAAUCACCGGAUUCGGAUCCUCCUCGGAGCUCCUCGACUCUACCGGCCGGAGACUCGCGGAUUUCGCGAGCUCGCUUGGGCUGCCGUUUGAGUUUCACCCGGUGGAGGGGAAAAUCGGAAGCGUGACCGAACUGAGUCAACUCGGCGUUCGAGCCAGCGAGGCGAUCGUGGUGCACUGGAUGCAUCAUUGCUUGUAUGACAUAACCGGGAGCGAUUUAGGGACGUUGAGAUUGCUGACUCAGCUUAGACCUAAACUGAUCACGACCGUCGAGCAGGACCUGAGCCACGCCGGGAGCUUCCUGGCGCGGUUCGUGGAGGCCUUGCAUUAUUACAGCGCGUUGUUCGACGCGCUCGGGGAUGGUUUGGGUACGGACAGCCUCGAGAGGCACACGGUGGAGCAGCAGCUUUUGGGCUGCGAGAUCAGGAACAUCGUGGCGGUGGGCGGGCCUAAAAGAACCGGUGAGGUUAAGGUGGAGCGGUGGGCGGAUGAGCUGAAACGGGCCGGGUUUCGGCCCGUUUCACUCCGGGGCAACCCUGCUGCACAGGCCAGUUUGUUGCUUGGAAUGUUCCCUUGGAGAGGUUAUACGCUGGUUGAAGAGAAUGGUUCCUUGAAGCUUGGUUGGAAGGACCUUUCUCUGUUGAUUGCCUCUGCUUGGCAACCCUCUGAUUUGAUUACUUACCCGGAUUGAUUCCAAUUCAAAUCAAAACCCCCAUUGUUCUUCUGAGGAAGCUGCCAUCGUUGGUUCCUUCCAUUAUUCUUCUUUUUUAUCAUCUUCUGCUCCAACACUCCAAUCCAACAACGGACAUGGCUGGCUGGCUAGCAGAGAGGAUAAUGAUAAUCUCUUCUUCUUAAGUUACUGAAUUCAAAGUGAUCAAUCAUUGCAAGUAUCAACAAGUAUGGUUUUGGAAUUGGUUCCUUAUAUUAAAUAUUUAUUAAUUUAUUUUUAUCAAUUGUUUAAUUGAUUCAAACUCCAAGGAGGAACAGAAGGCAGUGAAGCAAUUGAUAGGGUUGGUUGCUUCUCCUAUUAGAUGGGAAUGGAAGAGGGUAUUGAAUAUUAUUUUGUAAUGGGGAUGGAGCGUUGUGUAUAAUAAGAAGAAUAAUAAUGAUAAGGGUGAGGUUGGGAAUACCAAAGAUGGGUCCUUUUUCUUUGUGACGUUUGAGAAGAUGGAGGGUAUGGUUUUAGGUUGAAUUAGUAAUGAUAGCUGCACUUGAAUUAAUAAGGUAUGACGUUUGAUCCACGUCUAAUGGUUCCGUGGACAAUUUCGAUCCAUCAAUUGAAUGCCUAGCAGAGGUAUGAAACAGAACAGACCCUACCCUAACCAAUACAAUUUUUCUCCUUCUCUUCUUCCACCCUAACAUUUCAUAUCUCCACCCUACUUUUUCCCUUAUCUUACUCCUUUUAGUCUAAUUUUUUUUCCAAUUUAGGUUUUCAUUUAUCAAAAACCUCUUUCUAACUUAAAACACUCAUAAAACUGACAAUACAUAACUUGUCCCAGCUGGGUUUAACCCUUUUUAGAAAUUAAUGUAACAGAUCAUUUAGGUGAAAUCAAUCUUAAUUACACUUCACUGGAUUUAAUUCUAGCGCCCCAGUAUUAAUGCAUCACAAUUAUUAUAAAAAGUUGCUCGAAACAUAUGUUAUGAUUAUGUGUCAUAUCCAUCACAUCCUUAAGUCCACCUUUACAUCUUAUAUUUCUCCGAAAGUUGGUCAUUUUUUCUUUAUUAUUCAUAACUGAUUUUCAAAGAAAAUCAACAUCACACAUUUGAAGCCACACCAUAGCCAUACUUCACUUACAAACUGUAGCAGUGAGCAUUUAUUCAGCACCAUCAGUGUGAAACAAAGUACACUCUCUGAUGUGCAAGAUAUGUCUGGGAAGUCUUCUUUAAUCUUCGAUCUUCUUUAUGUUAAUGGCUCAAUGUUGUUUUUGUGAAAUCUCAAGGAAGAUUAUUCUUAAUAGAUAUGAAGUGUGUGAGUAUCUUAUUCAUA